AUGGAAAAAAAGCGGAAGUGCAAGUUUUCCGAAUCAUUGGAAAAAGAAUUCCCAUUUCUAAAAAAAGGUAAAAUUGAUGGCAUUGUGCUCUGUAAUAAAUGUAAUGGUGAAUUUUCGAUCGCCCAUGGAGGCAAAAACGAUAUAAAUAAGCAUUUAUCAACAUCAAAGCACAAGAGAGCUCUGACAAGUGCGGCAUCUUCAUCUACAAUGCACACGUAUUUUCGAAAAACAGCAUUUUUAGAUGAAGAGAAGAACCUAGCAAUUGCAGAAGGUUUAUUUGCUUAUCAUACAAUUAACCAUAACCAGAGUUUCCGUUCAAUGGACUGUACGUCUCAACUGAUACGAAAUAUAUUCAACAAAAAGUUUACUUGCGCCAGAACUAAAACCGAAGCGAUAGUCUGCAAUGUAUUUUAUCCAUAUUCAAAAACGAAACUGACGGAGGAAAUAUCUGAUGCUUCAUAUAUCGCCAUUUUUUCGGAUGCCUCUAAUCAUAAUGACGUGAAGCUAUUUCCAUCACUUAUAAGGUUUUUUGAUCCGCUAGUGGGAAUUAAAAUCCGCUUACUUGAUUUUAUUUCACUCCCUGGAGAAACUUCUGAUUUAAUAUGUGGUUCAAUAUUUAAUAUUCUGGAGCAGAAUCAUCUCAAGAACAAGCUUAUUGCUUACUGUGCUGACAACACUAAUUCGAAUUUUGGAGGCAAAAACCGAAAGGGAAUCAACAACGUAUUUACCAAAUUAAAUAAUAAGUUGAAUCAAAACAUCAUUGGCGUCGGUUGUGCUGCACACAUAUUGCACAAUGCCAUUCAGACUGCUGCUGACCUGCUUUCGGUAGAUAUUGAAAAUAUUGCCAUUAAAAUUUACUCAUAUUUUUACAUAUACACGGUGAGGGUGGAAAACUUAAAAGAGUUUUGUGAUUCCGCAGACAUGGAGUAUAAGAAGUUGCUGGGAUACAGCAAAACUAGAUGGUUGGCCAUGAUGCCUGCGAUAGAAAGAAUUCUACAGUUAUUCAGCCCGUUAAAGUCAUACUUUUUAACAGAAGAAAAAUGCCCAAGGAUCUUAAGUAAUUUUUUUGAGGAUGAUACUUCGGAACUGUGGCUUCAAUUCUUGCAUAAUGAAGCAGCAGUUUUCCAUUCCGCCGUAAAUAGCAUUGAAGGAGAUAAUAUUUCGAUUACAGAAGUAUCUGAUAGGAUUGCCAAUCUAAAAUUAAAAUAUAACGAAAGACUUCAAGCUGGAUACAUCCCCCUUACCAUCAGAAACGAAGUGAGCAGACUCGAAUCAUUGGGGUUGCUCAAUAGAACCUGGUUUAUGGGACAUGUACGGAAUUUUUAUAAAAACUGCUUCGACUAUCUGGAGCAAUGGUCUUCUCAGUUCAAUCAAACGGACACAUUCUCAUGGAUAACGUUGAGAAAAUUGCCGCCAUGGGAAAUAAUUCAAUCGUCGCUUCAAUAUAUUAUUUCCAAUUUUCCUCAGCAUGAUAUAAAUGAAAAUGAUGCUUUUGAUGAAUUUUCAUUUGUCAAAAGGUAUGCAGAUGAGGCAAAACUCAAGUAUUGGGCCGAGAAGGAAACCUUGGUAGAAAGUAAAAUGGGUCGAAAUGUUCACUCAUUUCAAAGCAGAGGAUAUUCCAUUCAAAAACAUUUCUCAAAUUGUGGCAUAUGCUUUGACUUUGCCUGGUACAAACGCCGUAACGGAACGCGUGUUUUCGAACAUGAACCAGCUGUGGACAUCAGAAAAAAGUCAAAUGAAAGUAGAUACCGUAAAAGCGAUUUUAAGCGUAAGAAUUAA